ACAACAAUUUCAUUUCCUACCAUCACUUCGUCGCUCCCGCUCCUCCCCCCCCCCCCUCGAAACACAAAGGAAAUGCCGGCUCUCGCCAAACCACUCUUCUCUCCACCACCACCCCUCCACCCCGACAAUUCCGACGACGAGCGCCGCCUUCUCGAGGCCGAGGAACGCCUCCGUGAGGCAAUAGAAGAACUCCAAAGUAGAAACGCCGUGCGUGGUCCUUAUCCUCCUUGCGAUCACGGGCCUGAUGAAUCCUGUGCCGCUUAUGCCAUUGGUAAUCUCUGUCAAACCUUCCUUCUCACUUACGGUGUUCGUGUCGGUAUCGGCAUUUUUCUUCGUGCUUUUAAGCUCGCUAAAGGAAAGUCUUACUCUUCUCUUCUCGACCUCAAGCGACUUGUUUCGGAGAAGGAUUUAAUAGUGAGAGAGGAGUCAUGUCGCAUUGGGUUACUUUUUGGUGGAUUUACUGGAUCAUAUCAUGCACUGAGAUGUUUUUUGAGGAAGUUUAGAAGGAAAGAGACGCCAUUCAAUGCGGGAUUAUUGAGCAGAAUUUUAGCAGGUUCGGUUGCAGGGUUGUCUGUUUUAGCAUUAGAUGACUCAAACAGGAGGCGUACUCUUGCUCUUUAUCUUUUGGCCAGGGUAGCUCAGUGUGCUUAUAAUUCUGCGAAAUCAAAAAACAAGUUUCACUUUUGGGGAAGCCGUUGGAGACACGGAGAUUCUUUGCUCUUUUCAAUCUCUUGUGCCCAGGUUAUGUAUGCCUUUAUAAUGCAUCCUGAGAGCUUGCCAAAAGCAUAUCAGGACUUCAUUCAGAAGACUGGACCAGUUGCAGCUCCUGUAUACAAGUCUAUAAGAGAGUGCUGUAGAUGUGGCCCAGUGGAUCUUGCUUCAUUAUCAGCUUUUUUAUCUCGCAGAGGAAAACCUGACUCUGUGAAGUUGGAAGAAUUUCCUUCAAUUAUUCCGUGUUCUGUUAUUCAUCCAGACACACAUUCAUGUUUAGCUCAGAAUGCUAAUGCAGCAUCAGCUACGUUCAGGAAAACAUUUCCACUUUACUUCUCAUUUACUUUUGUACCUUAUGUUGUUCUCCACCUGCAGAAGUUCAUGGAUGCGCCUGCACAUACAUGUUGGUUUGCUCUUAGAGAUGCUGUCCACUCAACGGCAUUCUUGUCUGCAUUUGUUGGAAUUUUUCAGUGGGUGAUAUGCCUUCAUCGAAAAGUAGCAACAAGGGACCACAAGCUUGUAUAUUGGAUUGCAGGUGGAAUAUCUGCCCUUUCUGUACUACUGGAGAAAAAAUCUAGACGUGCUGAACUUGCCUUGUAUGUUCUUCCACGGGCUGGAGAUUCACUGUGGUAUAUUUUAGUGAACCGCCACCUGCUUCCAAAUAUGAGGAAUGCUGAGGUGGCCUUAUUUUGUGCAUGUAUGGGAGGAGUUAUGUACUACUUGGAACAUGAACCAGACACUAUGGCUCCAUUCUUGAGAGUCCUGAUCCGACGCCUCCUUGCUAGUAGAAUAAGCAAUCCAGUCCUUCCAUCUAAUCGGGUUCCUUCCUACACAUAUUUACAGACUCUUGAUGCCAUCAAGAAGCCAAAAUCACAGGAAAGCAGAGAGGAUGAAGCCUCACCUUCUCAGAAAUAUAAUCUUGAAUCCAUUCCAGGGCUGUAAUCUUCUCUGGUGACCCUUUCAUUUUCUUCAUCGGAACUACCCCGAUCAUUCUUUUACGAUUCAGUUCUCACAUUUGUUAUAAAGCAGAUGCUUUCUGCUCACUGUAUAAGAAUAAAAUGAUGGGGUUAGUGGCAUUCAAUGUAUCCGAGUUAUUACCGCUUGCAUGUAUUUAGUGUAGAUUAUGGUUUCAUCUAGACACAGGCAUUUUUGUCCUUCCGAGGAGGCUGUUCCCAUCAGUGGAGUUCUUGUCGGGAAAUUUUAAAUGAGGGCAAGGAGCAAUAUAAUUGCUGAUGUAAUAAUUCUGGAAAUGAAUUCUUGUUGUAAAUAAAACACUCUCCUUUGGCUUUCUCU